GAUGAAGCUGUUGGUCUUCGCAUAGUCAAUAGAAAUACGCUGGUCUGGAAUCUUUGCGGAGGAGCCCUUUGUCCUAUUGUUUGAUCUUUUUGUUCAGAAAUUCUGUGCUCAUCGUAGCGUGACCCUGCACACUGUGGUACGCUUUUGAGCAGUAAUGUGUAUUUUCACUUUCUAUCUCGAAUUAUGGGUUGUUUUCGGUAAAUAUGCUCAAAUAUGCCUGGUGAAAACUGUUGUAUGAAUGGUUGUGGAGUAAGUCGACGCAAAGGUGCGAAUAAUCCUGAUGGAAAGAUCGGAUUGUUCAAGAUUCCCGCAGCCAAGGAUGAAAAGUCAAAGCAAUGGCGAAAGGAACUAUUGAACAUUAUAACGAAGUAUCGAGAACAGGACGAAAGCUUUAAAAGACAGCUAGCAAACGAUACCCUUCAUAUAUGCGAGAAGCAUUUUGUGCCUGAAGACAUCACAACACAUCAUGGUGCAAAGCUAACAAAAAAAUUUCUGAAAUUUGGUGUGCUUCCAACCAAAGAGCUGCCAAAAAAAUCAAUGGAUCACCAUUUUCCAGAUCAGUCACAGAAAAGCCGGCCCCCUAGAAGUAUUGUGAAGGAUUCAGACCCUACAGACAAGGAAAAAAGUUGCUACAAAGAUUUCAAAGAUGUGUGUUCCAGGGUUAAGAAACUAUCUAUCAAGGACUGGCAUGUAGAUGUAUCUGAGGAUAAAAUUGAAAUAAAGAAACAUCAAGUUCCCUACAUACUUCCUCGGCUGUGUGUUGAGAUCAAUGAAAGCCUUUGCUUUACUAUUUAUGUGUUUAACUGGCGUAUUCCUGUUGAUCAUUUUCUAUACAAACAGUUCAAAAGGACGUUGAAACUGAUAACUAUAUCAGAGCUACUUCGGAUUAUUGAAAAUCUCAACAUCUGCAAAGGGCACAGUGCAUUAAGCCACUCAGGGAAGUCAAUACAGCACAGCAUCCCACUUUUCUUAGAAGAAGAUAAUGAAGAUAACCCAUCUUAUGCUGCAAAACAUUUUUAUCGUGCAAAAUAUUGUGAGGUGUUAAUAAAAGGAGAAAAUUGCAUGAACUGCCAAGAGAGAGAAAGGUUGUUUUGCAAGGAUGAAGCAAGGCGUUCUGCAAGACAAGCUGUUCCAGCAAAACUAAAAGCACCUGUUAGCAUGACCUCAGCCAAGAGAUUAAAGCUAACUUUGCAGGCAAAUAGACUCAAAUGCAGGCAACUUGAGUCAAAGGUUGAGGAGAUGGAAAAAGAGGUUGCAAGGCACAGUGUUCAUGUGCAGUCAGACCUCAGCCAUGAUCUGCUGCAAUUGAUCUCUAGACAUGGGGGCUCAAUGAGUCCCUUUAUGAAGCUCUUUUGGCAGCAGCAGCAAAAAAAUGCUUCAAGAAUGCCUAAAGGGCAAAGAUACCAUCCAAUGAUAAUUAGAUGGUGCCUUUCUAUAGCAUCAAAGUCAUCUGCAGCCUAUGAUGAGAUUAGAGGAACAUUUAAAGGUACAGGCACUAUAGAGCUCCCUAGCAGGCGACAACUAAGAGAUUAUAGCAAUGCUAUAAAACCAAAAACUGGGUUUAACCCAGAUGUCAUCCAGUCAUUGGAAACCAUCGUUUUAGACUACAGGCCUACAGAGAGGUUUGUUGUUCUGUUAUUCGAUGAGAUGAAGGUGCAAAGUGGACUUGUUUGGGAUAAGACUACUGGAGAACUCAUUGGAUAUGUGGAUCUUGGGGAUCCUGAUGUCAACUAUGCUACACUAGAUUCCCAAGACAACAUAGCCACUCAUGCCCUUGUUUUUAUGGUCAGAGGCAUAUGCAGCAAGUUACAGUUUGUAUUAGGCUACUUUGCCACUGCUGCUGUCACAUCUUGCCAAUUGUUUCCGCUAUUUUGGAAAGCAGUUGCAAUUUUAGAACUACGUUGCAAUCUAGCAGUUGUAGCAGCAACUGCAGAUGGAGCAACUGCCAACAGGCGCUUUUUCAAAAUGCAUGAGGGUGUCAGCAAUCAUAAUGAGAGAGAUGUUGUUCACAAGGCUUCAAAUAUAUAUGCCAAUGAAAGGUAUAUAUUUUUCUUCAGUGAUGCACCUCACCUCUUAAAGACAUGCAGAAAUUGUUUGUUCAAUUCUGGAUCUGGACGCUAUAGCAGAUACUUGUGGAAUAAUGGUGAUGAAUUAUUAUGGGGUCACAUUGCAAGCAUGUAUCAUCAAGAUCAGCAAAAUGGUCUCCACCUUUUGCCAAGGCUUACAUUUGAUCACAUAAAGCUGAAUUCUUAUUCCAUUAUGAGAGUGAACCUUGCUGCUCAAGUGUUGAGCAAAUCUGUUGCAGCAGUUCUAAAGGAAUUUGGUGGGAGGAACACACUGGCUACUGCAAAAUACUGUGAAAUGGUCAAUGAUUUUUUUGACUGUUUCAAUAGCAGAAGUACCAAUGAAAGUCAUUUUCAAAGAAAUAAUAAUCUCUCUCCCUAUACAGAUGUUGAGGACAAGAGGUUUUUGUGGUUAGAGAAAGAUUUCUUAGGGUAUUUUGCUUCCUGGAAGGACAGUAUAACUAGAAGAGAAGGUUCUUUUGAUGAAAGCUCACGUGCCAAGAUGUUUAUAUCAUGGCAAACACACGAGGGCAUGAAAAUAAGCAUUUAUUCAUUGAUUGGUGUGGUCCGCUACCUCCUUUCCAAUGGCGUAGAUUAUGUGCUAUCCAACAAAUUGUGCCAAGAUCCGGUGGAAGAAUAUUUUGGUCACCAAAGAGGACUUGGUCGCAGAAGUGACAAUCCUAGUCUAAGAGACUUUGGGUACAAUGAUAACAAAUUGCGAAUCCAAAGAUUCAUAUCCCCAGUUGAGGGAAAUACCAGAGGAAGGAAAAGAAAGAGAACAGAGACAAAGUGGAAGACAGUCAUUCCUGAUCCAAUCCCGAAGCGGAAACAACAAGCAAAAGGCAACAUGUAA